UUGCAUCGUCCUUGACUCUCGUGAGCUGGUGCCGUUUCCGCUAACGCCUCGCGCCGUGCCGACCUUCGCACUCACCAGAUCCGCCCCCCACACCUCAGCUUCUUCUUUUCCCUCCCCCUCACUCGAAACACUAAACCCCCUUCCUCAUAUCCACUCCGAUCCCCCUCCCUCGAUCUCCUCUCACCAACGCCAUUAAUGGCGGUGAGGCCGACCGUCGCCCGCUUCCCCGUCGACGCCGACGCCCAGGAGUCCUGUGGCCUCCCGUGGGGCGCCGCGGUCACCCCCUUCUCCCCCUCCGACGAGCGCGGCGCCCCUCCCGUCGCCGGCUCCGGCGGCCAUCUUCUUCCCCGCUGCGACCAUUGCUGGGCCUACUUCAACACCUACUGCGACCUCGAGCAGUGGGCCUGGACCUGCGCCCUGUGCGGAACCCUAAACGGCCUCACCUCCGACGCCCUUCGCCGAUUCUCCCGCCCCGAUGAUUGCCCCGAGUUGUCGUCCUCCUUCGUCGAUCUCGAUCUCCCAGUGGAUGGAACGGAAGAAGGGAACGUGCAGGUGCAGGCUCGGCCGGUUUACGUUGCCGCGGUGGAUCUAUGUUCUUCUGAAGAGUUCUUAGAACUUAUUAAGAGCUCGCUUCUAGCAGCUCUCGAAGCUUUGGUUCCAGGAUCGUUAUUCGGGCUCGUUACGUUCAGCCAUAAGAUUGGUUUAUAUGAUGUUCAAGGUCCUAUUCCUGUUGUGAAAAAUGUUUUCAUCCCUUCUGAUGUGGAUGACACAGUACCUGUUGACCUUGAAGAUGUGAUGCCAUUGCUUUCAUUUUUGGCUCCUGUCGAGACCUGCAAGGAUCGUAUUGCUGCAGCAUUUGAGACAUUAAGACCAACAACUUCAUGGGAGAGAAGCACACCGGUAGGGCAAGGGCCGGAUGGUGUAUUGCUUGGUGGUCGUGGUUUUGGAGCAGCCAUGACAGCUCUUAUUAACUACCUGAGCUCAGAAUAUGGGACUACCUUUGCUUUGGCUAGAGUUUUUGCCUUUCUAUCUGGUGCUCCUGAUUAUGGAGCUGGCCAAUUAGAUACAAGAAGGUAUGGUGAACAAUAUGCUAGCAAAGGGGAGGAUGCAGAUCGUGCACUGCUUCCCGAGCAGACACCAUUCUACAGGGAUCUGGCUGCUGUUGCUGUUCAAGCAGGUGUAUGUGUGGACAUUUUUGCUGUAACAAAUGAAUAUACAGACCUGGCCUCACUCAAGUUUCUGAGUAUUGAGAGUGGUGGUUCAUUGUUUCUUUAUGCGAAUACAGACGAUUCAACACUUCCACAGGACAUGUAUCGCAUGCUGAGUCGGCCUUAUGCCUUUGGUUGCAUGUUAAGAUUGCGAACAUCUUCAGAUUUCAGAACUGGUCACUCUUAUGGUCAUUUCUUCCCCGAUCCUCAGUAUGAAAAUGUUCAGCACAUCAUUUGCUGUGAUUCGUUUGCUACAUAUGCAUAUGAUUUUGCAUUUUCCACUUCUGAAGGCUUUUCCAGGCACUCAGAACCUCCAAUUGUGCAGAUCGCUUUUCAGUAUAGUGUUGUUGAGCCCUCUGAGGAGAAAUCAGAUAAGGAAUCAAAACCAUCUGGAAGCUUCAAGUUUUACUUAAAAAGAAGAUUAAGAUUGCGAACAUUGCAGCUUGGAGUAGCUAGGAAUAUGAAUGAACUUUAUGAUAGUGUUGAUUCUGAAGCUGUUUUAUCUAUUCUUGUUCACAAGGUCAUUCAGGUUUCCCUGGAGGAAGGUGUUAGGGAAGGCCGAAAUUUGCUCCAUGAUUGGCUAGUCAUUCUCACCGCUCAAUAUAACGAUGCUCAAAAUGGUGGGAGUUCGAUUUCACAUGUUGAUGUUGCUUUCUCACAAUCUCCCCAGUUGCAGCCUUUACCCAGGCUUGUAUUUGCCUUGUUAAGGAAUCCUCUUCUUCGGUUACAUGAGGAAGGCAUUCAUCCAGACUAUAGGAUAUUUUUGCAAUGCUUGUUCAGUGCACUGGAGCCUACUUCCCUUUGCAAAGCUGUAUAUCCAGUAUUAACUUCAUAUGCUUCACCUGACAAAGAGGCAUACCCGCGCCACUCCUUAAGCCGUGCUGCUCUAAUCACUAGUGGAAGUCCUAUAUUCCUUCUCGACGCAUUCACAAAUCUCAUUGUUUACUAUUCCUCAUCUGCUGACCCAUCACUUCCCUUUCCUCCCCCCCAUGAUUGUCUACUGCGGAUGACAAUUAAUAGAUUGAAGCAGGAGAGAAGUAUAACGCCGAAGCUCAUAUUUCUCCAUGGUGGGAAAGACGAUUCCACAAUUUUUGAGAACUACCUUAUUGAAGAGCAGGAUGUUGAUGGUGCCGGUAUUAUUAGCACGACGGGUUUUGUUUCCUUCCUCGAGGGUAUCGUGCGUGAUGUGUUGGAGUAUCUUAAAGGCGAAAAAAGCUAAUUCUAGGCACAUUCAAUGUCUCCUUUCUGCAGGGUCAGAAGUUUUUUUUUAUUUUUUGGAAGGUAGACUUGUUACUUGAGAUUGAAAACAACAGAAGAAAGAACAGACUAAUAGCAGCUUAGUCUUCAGUGCAAAUACAUAAAAUUGAGUUCACCAUAAUCAUUUACUGUAAAUGCCUUUCCUCUUUAUCCAGUUGCUUCUAAUUGUAAUGUCCUAAGUCUUGUUGCACCUAUUCGGUCCAUCUGGAGUUUCUUUAUAAACGUUGUCUUGGUGGAAUUGUCUGGAAAAGUUCUAGUAACUGUUUUCAGUUUACCUUUAA